AUGCAAAACGGGACUACAUCUUCAUGGGAUGCGGACCUUCUCCGCUCCCGGUUUGUGCGCGCCCUUUCGGACAUGUACAGGAACGAAGUGCCGCUGUACGGUCAGCUGGUGGAUAUUGUCCAGGGCGUCGAUCGUUCGGUUCUUGCCUCUCGAGGGCAGAGCUUAGAUGACCUCCCAAAGCGUCACCAGCUUGAGCGCCACGGUGCCAUCCGGCUGGGGACCCAGCACGAGAUGCGUAUGAUUAGCCGAUUAUUUGGCAUCAUGGGCAUGCAUCCUGUGGGAUACUACGACUUGAAGAUCGUUGGGUUCCCCCUUCAUGGUACUGCGUUCAGGCCCACGAGCGAGGAAUCGCUGCGCAGGAACCCCUUCCGCGUUUUUACUACUGUUCUACGACCUGACCUGAUCUCAUCACCUUCAGUGAGGAAAAAGGCAACGGAGAUUUUGUCCCGGCGGACUCUCUUUUCCCCGCGGCUGUGCGAGCUGAUGGACGCGGCCGAAAAGGAUCGAUCGAUUUUGACGGCCAGCGAUGCUGACGAGCUGAUCGCGGAAGCCCUCAAAAUCUUCAAGUGGCAUUCCCGCUCCACCGUGCCCUAUGAGACCUACCUUAGCCUUGAGCAGGAACAUCCCAUGGUUGCCGACAUUGUCUGCUUUCCCAGCGCGCACAUCAACCAUCUGACCCCUCGUACACUAGACAUCGACGCCGUCCAGGCCGAAAUGAUUGCGCAGGGGUUGCCGGCUAAAGAAACUAUCGAGGGCCCUCCGGCCGGGCGAAAGUGCGAGAUCCUGCUUCGGCAAACAAGCUUCAAGGCCCUCGAAGAGCGCGUCACGUUUUCCGAUGAACAGGGCAGUCCCGCCGGCGGAAAGAACGGCACGCACACAGCGCGGUUCGGCGAGGUAGAGCAGCGCGGUGCAGCUGUCACCAGAAAGGGCCGUGAGCUGUAUGAUCGGCUGCUCACUUCCGCUAUUACCCUUGCGGAGCGCGAAGGGCGCGUGUUGAGCGAGGUCCUCGCCGAGGCUUUCCGAGAAUACCCGGACGACUGGGACGAGUUGAGGAAGCAGAAUUUGGUCUAUUUCCGGUACCGCGUCCCGCAGGGCGUGACGCAGAAGAGUCUGGAUGCCAUUGGUGUUGCGAAGGAGUCGUCGGUACAUAUGGAGCAACUUCUCCAGGCAGGGUUGGUGGAGUGUGAGGCCAUUACCUACGAAGAUUUCCUACCCUUUUCGGCUGCCGGCAUUUUCACAUCGAAUCUGAAGGAAGAGCCCGGUUCAGAGGGCAACGGAACUACUCGGAGGAAACUUCAAGAGGUAGAAAACAGCGGUCGCGACGAACUGCAGAGGCUGCUGGGUAGCGAGAUCCCGAGCGAGAUUGAUCUGUACAAGGAGCUGCAGAGUGCCAGUGUUAGAGAGUGCGCGACCUUGCUGGGAUUGAAAGAGGUGUUGCUGGCCUGA